AUGCAAGCAAAUCGAUUACAUUUUGGAGUCGUUCUUUUGAUUUUACUCAUCAAGAACGUUGAAAGUGAUGACAAUUUGCCGAAAUUUAGUGACACAACAUAUGAGUUAAUUGGAUAUUGUGUUCCAUACCAUGGUAAGGUAUGCAAAUCGUACAUAACAUACGAUCAGGUGUGGUACAGCAAUGAGGAUCCGGACGACGGUUGGAAAAAUGAACAAAUCACUACCAAUCUAUGGGAUGAAUUAAUCAACGAACUAACGGGAUUAUGCCGUGUCGCAGCCGAGAAAUUGCUGUGUGCAUAUGCCUUUCCAAAGUGCAUCAUCAAAGAUGGUCGCUCAAAAAUGCUGCCGCUAUGCUACGAAGACUGCAUUGCCACACAUCAACAGUUUUGUUAUAAUGAUUGGAUUUUACUAGAGGAGAAACGUGAUCGUGGCAUGCCAUUGAAAACACGAGGCCAUUUCCGAUUGCCCGACUGCAAAACACUUCCGCGUCACAAUAAAUCGGCCGAAACUCCAACAUGCUCAUGGGUCGGACUCACUGAAAUGAAUCCAGAAGAUGUCACAUACGAUUGCCGCAUGGGCAACGGUCGCUAUUACAUGGGUCAGGUGAAUGUGACCAAAACUGGAAUUCCAUGCCAAAAAUGGGACUCACAAAAGCCACACACGCAUAUUCAGCCACCGAAAGUGUUUCCGCAAGUGAAAAACUCCGAAAACUACUGCCGAAAUGCUGGCGGCGAAGAGCCAAGCCCAUGGUGUUAUACAAUGAACGAAUCGGUUCGAUGGCAACUCUGCGAUAUUCCGUUGUGCCCAAAUUCGACCGAUACUUCUGUCACGCACAUGCCACCCAUUGCGAUGGAAACCUUUUUCACACCGUCAAUGGUAUUUCUAUUGGGUGGAAUUGGAUUUGUUGCUAUCGUGGUGCUACACUUGUUGGUGCUGCUGUGUUCCAAAGUGACGCGAUACAAUCGAAAUCGGAAUCGAAACCGUUUGGUCAGUGGAUACAGCCAGUCGGAAACGCAUGACAAUCCAGUGAUUGAUUUGAAUAAAACACCGAUCCACAACAAUACAUCUACGCUCAAUCAGACACAGUAUCAUGACAAUGAUCCGAGUAUAAAUCAUAAAUUGGAGAAGCUGGAAUAUCCGCGGAAUAAUAUCAUUUAUGUAAAAGAUUUGGGACAGGGUGCAUUUGGGCGUGUGUUCCAAGGAAAGGCACCACAUUUAUUGUCCACAGAGGAUUUUACAAUGGUUGCCGUUAAAAUGCUAAAGGAUGAUGCAAGCAACGAAUUGCAAAUGGAUUUUGAGCAUGAAGCAUGUUUGUUGGCCGAAUUCAAUCAUCCGAAUAUUGUGAAAUUGCUUGGGGUGUGCGCAGUGGGUAAACCAAUGUGUUUGCUCUUCGAAUACAUGUCGCGUGGUGAUCUCAAUGGAUUUUUGCGUUCAUGUUCACCGUAUGUACCACAACCGAAUGUCACCUAUCAAUCGAAUCGCGAACAACUUUCACAUCAGCACCUUCUGAACUUUGCGCAUCAGAUCGCCGCCGGAAUGCUGUAUUUAUCAGAACAGAAGUUUGUGCAUCGCGAUUUGGCCACACGAAACUGUCUCAUCGACGAUAGUAUGACAGUGAAAAUUGCCGAUUUUGGAUUGUCACAUAAGAUUUACAUGCAAGACUAUUAUAAAGGUGAUGAACGUGAUGCGAUCCCAAUUCGAUGGCUGCCAUUAGAAAGUAUUCUAUACAAUAAAUACACACUUGAAUCGGAUGUUUGGGCUUUUGGUAUAGUGCUGUGGGAAAUUUUUUCAUUUGCAUUGCAACCAUACUAUGGGAUGACACACGAAGAAGUUGUUAAGUAUAUAAAAGAGGGUAAUACACUGCAUUGUCCGGAGAAUACGCCGCUUGUGGUGUACAAUUUGAUGCGCCGGUGCUGGAAUCGUAAACCAUGCGAUCGCCCGAAUUUUGAACAAAUUUUCCAAGCAAUCGGACAAAUUCAAUACGAUUACGAACAUCAGCCAGCUAAUCGCUGAUAAAACCAAUCUCAAACCCAUUCUUAUCGAACAUUUCUUUGGUUUUUUUUUUCUUUCUUUUCUUCUCAUCGACCGUUUGUGAAUAGUCUUCAAUAUCUUGUUUCAGAAAUUAAACUAAAAAAAUACUCUCAUUUUCAUCACAACAUCAAACUCAUACAUGCAUGUGAAACGAAAAACACAUUUUUUUACUAUCUUAACAAGAGCUUCGGUACUUUACAGCACCGAACACAACAACACAUAAGACUCAAAUACUCAGGUGAAACAACAAAAAAACGAGACUAUUUCAAAUCGAAAUUUUUUUUUAAUUAAAAAAAAAUAAUAACAAUGAAUAACGUUUUAUUCACAUUUACCGAAAUUCAACGUUUUUUCUAAUGAAAAAUAAGCUCAUCCUAUAUCACACAUAUUCGAUAAACUAUCUAGUCACAUGAACCAAUCUAGUUUUUUUUGUUUCAUUUUAAAAUUUCAAAUUCAUUUUUUUUUUAGUUUUAAAUUCAGUUAUAACAACGAAGCGUAGAUUUUAAGUUUAUUUCUAGCCAGACAAAUGCAGUAGAAAAAAAUGCAACAACAAAAAUAAUUGGGAAAAUGAGCAGCAAAUGAUGCUUGAAAAGAAAUGGUUUCUUAUCGGAAAACAAAGCAAAAAUUCAAACAAGCAUCCAAAAAUUUGUAUUCUUAUCGAUUGAUAAUGGCAAGCUAAAUCCAAACAGCAAAAAAAAACAGAACAAACAUUCAACUAAAUAACAAGACUUUGUCUAACAUAUACUAUCUUUUUUAGUAGUAAUUUAUCAAAAUGAUCUGUAGUUUUCUCUCUCAGUAGUCUCAGUUUAUUCUCCCAGAAGAGCCGCAGUGAAUCAAAAACCAAAAAUUCAACGAGAUUGCAUAACAUCUCCUCCAAAUAUCAUGCUGAGAAAUCUAUUAGUUAAUUAGUAUAAGCAAAACAAACAAAAUAAACGAACCGAAAAAAAAAGAAGAAACACAUAAUAACAUCGAUGACGAGAUAAAGACGAGACAAAGACAAAUUUGGUCAAAAUGCAUGUCGAAUAAUUUAUUGAAUGUCAGCAUACAAUGCAAGGCUAAUUUCGACAAUGAUUUAGUCACUCUUAUCUCGCAUUUAUCAAAUUAUUAUCGUGAAUAAUCAUUUUCUUUUGUAAACAUCCAAAACAACAACAACAACAAAAACAUAUUGAUUAACCCCUAUGACAGCAAUAAAGAAUUUUUUUUUCUAAAUUCAUAUCAACCUA